UUGACGUUAGAUGUAAAAAUUACGAUCUAAUUUCGUAAAAUAUGAUAAACUAUGUUAAAAUCUUUCACCGUUUUCGUGGUGUUUAAUUAUUGAAUCAAUAAGUUAAAUUCGUGUUUAAAUUAUCAUUAUAUUGUUGUGCCAGUGUUGUUUUUAUCGACAAUUUUGGAAGAUCUGCCGCAAUAGAGUGCGCGUACGCGAUGCGCGGGCGCGCGCCCACGUGCCGACGCUUGGCGAUCUUUUUGAUCGCUCUCUGCGCAGGCGCGGCGCUCGCUACUGCGCUCGCUUGGAACUCCAUCUUUGAAUCUGCAUUUAAUUCUCAAAUUAAGUUAUCGCCUCAAGCCCGAAGCUACAACGACUGGGUGGCGCCAUCCCUACCGCUAUUCUUCGACGUGUAUCUCUUCAACUGGACCAACGCGGAACAGUUUCCUGAAGAAAUACCAGAUUUGGUUGAAAUAGGGCCAUACCGUUUUCGUGAACACCGACGUCACGUGAACGUUACAUUUCACCCCCAGAACCACUCCGUGUCGUACCGCACGCAGCGGAGCUGGUACUUCGACGAGACCAGCAAUGGUACCCUACAGGACAACAUUACUAUCCUCAACGUCAUCGCAGCCUCGGCUAUCUACCGAUCUCGACAUUGGGGCUUUCUUAGACAGAAGGGCUUGUCAAUGGGACUGGCCAUGUUUGGCCACGGUAUGUCCAUUUCAAGGCUUGCUGGAGAGCUUCUCUUUGACGGCUACGAAGAUCCACUACUGGAUCUUGCGAAGAGUCUGCCAUCGAGUACUACUGGUGGGGCGCCACCUGUUGACAGAUUUGGAUUGUUUUAUGAGAGAAAUAACUCAAUGGACACAGAAGGGCUUGUGGAGGUGACGACAGGGGAGGUGAGCGGGACAUUGCCGGGACAGAUACUUAGAUGGAACAACUAUGAAAUCUUACCCUAUUACAGUGGAGAAUGUGCUAAGAUAACAGGAAGCGCGGGCGAAUUUAUGCCACAUAAUCUCACCGAAGAAGGCACGCUCACAAUGUUCGUGCCAGAUUUGUGCCGAACUGUCAACUUGGAGUAUGAAAAAAGUGGUAUCUACGACGGUCUUCCCUAUCACAAGUACACCAUGACUGACAUCAGCUUCGACAAUUCGACAAGAACACCAGUGAAUUCGUGUUUUUGCAACGGUGAUUGCGGAUGGGGUGGUUUGAUGAACGUCUCAGCGUGUCGUUACGGCAGUCCAUCCUUCCUUUCGCUCCCUCACUUCCUGCACGGUGACCCGGAACUGAGGGAGAAAGUUCGCGGAAUGAACCCAGAUCCAGAACUACAUUCGUUCUAUUUCGCUAUUGAACCUAGACUCGGGGUUCCGUUGGACGUGGCUGGGAGAUUUCAAUAUAACGUGUUUAUUGAACCGUGUCCUAACAUAGCGCUCUACGAACACGUUCCCAAAAUGAUGUUCCCAAUAUUUUGGGUGGAGCAACACGUGCGAGUGAGCAGCGAGGUGACGGCGGAGCUGCGCAUGGUGCGCGGCAUUCUGGACUGGGGCGGCGCGGUGUGCGCGUGCGCCGCGCUGCUGUUCGCCAGCCUCGUGCUGCUCGCCACGUGCUGCACCAAGAAGUCCCAGUACACCAAACCAGAGGAGAUCAUCUCGGAGAAGCCUAAAGAUGAAGCAGAAAUCAAAUUAACAUCUAUCUAACUGACAAGUUUCUUAAAAAAGGACUUGAAAUAUUUUUUCUUCUCAUCAGCGUCAGCUCUAAUCUUUAAAGUUUAUCAGGGUAAAACAUCAAUGUGUUUUGGUGGUUUUUGUGCCCUUUCAUAUCAGUGCCAUAGUAGCUUUGACCUCUACAAUUAUACACAUCUCGGUCAUUUUCCGUAUCACCUUUUCUGGAAAUAAAAUUCUAAGACCGUGGAUAUUGGAGUCCGCGUAUUUCCGUGCAUCACAUAAAGAUGCCUUUAAAAUUGUACUUUUGGCAUGCAAAUCGCAUACGCAUUUUAGCGCCUCUCCCCAUCUAACGCACAGGGCCCAGAGCCGACGUUGAUUUUUACAACAAAAUCCUAUACGAAUUUGGUAUCUCGUGUCUAAUUAGCACGCCUUUUGGAAUACUUCCAUUAUGUCGGUAAACGAUUGAUUCUUAUACUUUCAUGAC